UCUCAUUCGUUCUCAACCUGAAGCCUGGGUCUAGGGAGUAUAAAAAGCUGCCUGGUACCUCCAUCAUCUUGAGUAGCGGGUACCUUCCUUCGAUACCAACUUGCCAUAUCCCUCUUGUACCCAAUCCAGCAAUCCCAUCUCUUCAUCAUACUAUCCGCCGCAGAAACCCGCUUGCACAAUGGCACAAUUCCAAGUCAAAGACUCUGACAUAUCCGUGCUUCUCGCGGCAAUCCAAAGCUCAGUCGGACCCAUUCAGGUCGACGCAGAAAAGGUCGCAAAGCAGCUCGGCAUGAGCCUCUCCAGCAUUCCGCCCAAGUUCACCGCUAUCCGGAAGCGGUACAACAUCGACAUCAAGGUCGUCAAUUCAGGGGCCCUGCAGAGGAAGCGACCGAGUAGCCCCAAGAAGAGGCAGUCGGCUGGCGGUCGGGGAGUCAUCAGCUGCAUCAACCCUCAACCUCAGGUUCAGACCAGUAACACAGCUUCCGUGGACACGCCGACGUACCCAGAGCCACAAGUUGGGCUUCAACAAGCUCAUCACGCCCAUUACAAUCAAUAGGUGGGGGUAACCAGUCGGCAAAUAAGGAAGAAUGAAGACAUACACGACACGCCACGAUGGUUCAGGCAAGCAUUGGAUAUCAGAUCCGUUGCCCGCUUUAUCUAGAUCAAGCGGUCGAGAAAGAACAUUGGCUAACCACAAUCUGAUCUUGAUCUUUUGGACUUUCCGACGGUCCACAGUUUGAUGUGACGGUCUUUGUGACCCUAUAACCCACACCUAACCACUCGGCACAACCAGUCUUUUGGGUAGGCAGUCAUAUAUCCAGCCACUCCUCAAUCAGAAUCAACAUGAUCACUACACAUACGAGGCAACCACAACCACCAGAUCGGCCACCCUCGACUCACUCAGAUUAACCAGUCAAAAAAAAGAUACCUUGUAGUUAGCUAUCCACAAAUUUGAUCCUUCUUGCCU